AUGGCGACGAGGUUGGCACCGGCGAGGUCUGCGUUGUCUUUUCAGAGUCUUCGUCUCAUUGCACGGACUUCACCUUCGACGCUGAGGAGAGCUCUCUCCACGCUGCCGAACAAUGAGCAUAUCUACGUCCACAAACAACCAGACUCGAGACAAUCCCUCCUUUCAUACCUCUCCAACACGCCUCCCAUCGCCUCACUCGCAAUCGGGACCACGACCGACAUACCUCCCACACCCGAAUCGUUCACGGAGAACCACGAGUUUUUGAACAUCCUGCAUUGGGUGAUCAAAGAGCAUGCAGUCAAUGAUCCAGACGUCCAAUCCCAAGCUCAGGUCUACGCCUCUCAGGCAGGCUCGGCACUGGGCAGUGGAGGAGUCUUUUUCCCGCAGCAAAAGCAAGCGAACAUGAAACGGCGAGAUCGCAGCACCAGACAGUUCGGAGGCGGAGGUGGUUCGGGUGGUGAUGGUGCCGGUGGAGCGAGCUCACAAGGCGGCAUCGGCGGUGCGGGACGAGGAGGCUAUAUCCAUGUGAGCGAUCAGAGGAAUCCUCCUGACUAUGGACGAGUCGCGUGGCCGGAGGAUAUCUUUGGGAGUCUGGAGAUCGAUGGGAAGGGCGCUUUCGUGGAUGGGAAUGGACGGUAUCAGGCGAGUAAUACGUAUCGGGUGGUGACGAGGGAGGGGAUACUGGGGUUGAGCUCCUAUUUGAGGACGAAGUUGGUCGAGAGGUUGAAAGAGCUGGAUGCGCAGGCGAGGAACAAUGGGUGA